GUUCUCUCUAACGCCACCGUUUCGAAAAUCUCAUGUUCAUCUCUUUCUGCUGCUUCUUCCUCAUGAGACCUUUCAGCGGUGAAACCUCGACCUAGAGCGCUUUCUCUCUGAAUCACACUUCAGUUAUUUGGCAUCGGCGAAGGCUUUCUGAAGAAUUAAUCUCCUUUCAUGGCUUAGUUUCGUGUAGGUUAAUUUUAAAAUUUCUUUGGUGUUUGAAUUUUUGGCGUUGAGCACCGAACAGCUGUUCAAUUUUACUACGAGAGGCGGUAUUUUGAUUUAGAGAUGGGUAUAAGAUUUUUGGAUCUGUGAUCGAAAUAAUUGGAGGAAAUAGAUUGGGUUCGAUGUUACUUUCGCUCGAAUUACCUGUUCCUGUGGUUUCUAAUUGAUUGCGUUGAUGCGUUUAUGGCGUAAAGGGUUUUGAGAAUGGUCUCAGAAAGUCCGUUAAAUAUGCUGUCGGAUCUAGGUGUGCAGCCGAACUUAAGGGACGGUUUUAGUGGAUCAAACGGGAAUUCAGAAGAUAGAAUGGGGAGGGAGAUUGAGUUCUUGCUGCGAGAGCAGCGGAGUAAUGAUACAAUCGAUCGUGAGAGGGAUCUCAAUAUCUUCAGAAGCGGCAGCGCUCCUCCGACAGUGGAGGGAUCCUUGAAUGCUGUGGGGAGUAUGUUUAGGAAUAAGGGCAAUGACAUUUCAGGGUUCAGUCAGAAUGGUAAUACCGACGGAAUCCUGUCAGAUGAAGAAAUUCGUUCGCAUCCUGCUUAUCUGUCUUACUACUAUUCCCAUGAAAAUAUAAAUCCCAGGCUUCCUCCUCCUUUACUUUCAAAGGAAGAUUGGCGUGUUGCGCAGCGAUUUCAGGCUGGGACAUCGACGCUUGGGGGUAGUGGAGAUCGGUGGAAGAAGGAUAUAUUAAAUGGGGGUGAAAGUAAGUCCCUCUUCUCAUUGCAGCCUGGUCUUUUGGCACAGAGGGGGGAAGGAGAUUUUGUGGAACCGAGGAUAGUUACACCAAGGAAUCUUACCAGGCAACCUUCUGCAGAAUGGCUUGAGAGGGGGACUGACGGUCUCAUUGGGUUGGCUGGUGUAGGGUUGGCUGCGAGGAGGAAGAGUUUGGCUGACAUGCUACAGGAAGGACUUGCUCAGCCUACUCCUGCAUCAGGUAAUCUUUCACGCCCAGUGAGCCAGAGUGCUUUUGAUGAUGUUGUGGAGCCAAUGGGCAUAUCUGACCCCCAAUUGACACAAUUAAGAAAUGGAGUGGAAUCUGUAGACGGCUUGCAUUCUGGAACAACUGCCCCUGGCCUGGUUAGAGUUCAGAGCUUUGGUUCAUCUGUUUCUCAAUCUUUUGCAUCUGCUGUGGGUUCGUCGCUGUCAAGAAAUGCAACUCCUGAACCGCAGUUGGUUGGAAGACCUCCAGCUCCUGGUCUUCCUCCCAUGGGGGGAAGAGUUUCUUCUGCGGAAAAGAAAGUUGCAGGUUCAAAUGCCUUUAGUAGUAUUUCUUCUAGCAUGGCAGACACUGCUGACAUUGCUGCUACUUUAUCUGGCUUAAGCAUGUCUAAAAAUAUACUUUUUGAUGAAGAUAGUCAUGUACAGUCUCAACUUAAACAAGAUUUUAAUAAUCAGACUAAUUUUCCUUGUGAUAUGCCAAAUGGACAUAGCCAAAGCUUGCAGCAUCCAAUUGUUGACAAGCCUGAAGCUGUGACACUUACUAUGCCUGCUAUCUACAAAGAUUUGGCAAAGAAAAAUGCAACUUUAACAGACCUAAAUGUUUCUAUGAAUUUGGAUGGGCAAGUGAACUUUCCCAAAAGAGCAUCAUCUUCUGCUGGUCCGUAUGCAAAAGUACCUUCUUCAGGCUCUGCUAGUUUGGAAGGAUCUAAUGUCCAUUAUCAGAAUACUGAUUUGCCAAGUACUGAUUUUGUUGGCUACAUGCCUCGCGGACAUUCUAUUAACCAGAGGCUGAAUUUAGCAAUGAAUGAUCACCUUGAUGCAGGAAGUAUAGAAAGCCAAAAUCUUAGUCGAAAUGGGAAUCAUGUAGGCUCUGGCCUUCAAGUGCUUGGUAUGGACCCACUUCAUUUACAGUACCUGCAAAGAACUGAUUAUGCAGAACAGGCUGCCGCUAUCCUAAGAGAUCCUUCUCUGGGGAGGAAUUACCGCAGCAGUUCACAUGCUGACUUUCUAGGGUUUCAGAAAGCAUACCUUGAGGCAUUGAUCUUGCAACAGAAACAACAGUAUGGCAUGCCAUUUCUAGGUAAAUCAGGUGCUUUAAAUCAUGGUUACUAUGGGACUCCUGCAUUUGGUCUUGGCAUGCCAUAUCCAGGAAACUCAAUGGGAAGUCCUGUACUUUCUUCAGCCGGAGCUGGAAGUCCUAUUAGGCAGAAUGAACGAGUCUCACGUUUCCCAUCUGUGAUAAGAAGUUCAAUGGGUAUGGGAUCCUGGCACUCAGAUAAUGGUGGAAAUAUGGAAGAAAGUUUUGCCUCAUCAUUAUUGGAAGAGUUCAAGAACAACAAGACAAGGUGUUUUGAACUUUCAGAAAUUGUUGGUCAUGUAGUUGAAUUCAGUGUGGAUCAGUAUGGGAGUCGUUUUAUUCAGCAGAAACUAGAAACUGCCACUGUGGAAGAAAAGAACAAGAUAUUUCCAGAGAUCAUUCCUAAUGCUCAUACCUUGAUGACAGAUGUCUUUGGAAACUACGUUAUUCAGAAAUUUUUUGAGCAUGGUACAGAGAGUCAAAGGAAGGAGUUAACUAGCGAGCUUACGGGUCAUGUUCUUCCCCUCAGUCUUCAAAUGUAUGGUUGCAGAGUGAUUCAGAAGGCUUUAGAGGUGGUUGAUGUGGAUCAACAGACUCAGAUGGUGUCAGAGCUUGAUGGUUCAGUUAUGAAAUGUGUUCGUGAUCAGAAUGGUAAUCAUGUCAUCCAGAAGUGUAUUGAGUGUGUUCCCCAAGAUCGCAUUCAGUUCAUUAUCUCAGCUUUCUAUGGGCAAGUUGUGGCACUCUCCACCCACCCAUAUGGCUGCCGGGUCAUUCAGAGGGUUCUGGAGCACUGUGAUGAUGCCUAUACACAAUGUAUUAUAAUGGAAGAAAUCCUGCAUUCUGUUUGUACGCUGGCUCAAGACCAGUACGGAAAUUAUGUAGUUCAGCAUGUGUUGCAACAUGGGAAGCCACAUGAACGAUCUGCUAUUAUCAGCAAGCUGGCUGGGCAGAUAGUAAAGAUGAGUCAACAGAAGUUUGCUUCUAAUGUUGUAGAGAAGUGCUUAACUUUUGGUGGUCCUGAAGAACGUCAACUUUUGGUAAAUGAGAUGCUCGGUUCCACAGAGGAGAAUGAGCCCUUGCAGGUUUGUGAAACCCUCAUAAAAUAUGAGAGAUUAAUUUUUAUGUUUAGAAAUACCAUUUUCUUUGCUUGGAUAUUUGUAAUUACAUAGCUGUAGCAGUUUUAG